GCAGGCGCAGUGGCCGCCGCGGGCUUGCGCGCGCAGCCGCUGUGGGACAAGCUUUUGGGAGCUCCUUGCGGGGGAUGUUGGUGCUGGCUGCGGAUGCUGGUGCAGUUUCUGCAAAACUAUAAACUGAAUUCCUGGAAUCUUCAUAUUUUGCUGUAUAUAAUGCCUGUUGGUGAACUGUACUGAUAGCCAGCUAGAGUCUAAAGGGGACUGCAUUCCUGCUCAUGAUACACAAUGGAAGCUGUAGUGCCCUUGAACGAGAUGACAGCCAUCUCAUCAGACCCUCAAACGCUGGCCUCGAGUAAACAAAACAAGGUCCUAAGGAUGGACACUUCUGGGAACCAAGAAGCUAAUUUAGGAGGAGAGACUGUUGAUUGAGAGUCUUUAAGACAGAGGUUCAGGUGGUUUCGUUACUCAGAUGUAGCUGGGCCCAGGAGAUCCCUGAUUCAACUGUGGGAACUCUGCACUCAGUGGCUGAGACCAGACAUUCACACGAAAGAACAGAUGAUACAGCUUUUGGUGUUUUAGCAAUUGCUCACCAUUUUGCCUGGGGAGAUCAGGAUGUGGGCAAAGUCACAAUAUCCUGAGAAUCCUGAGGACAUGGUGACCUUAAUAGAGGAUUGGACCCAAACGCUUGGAAGAAAAAGAUCCAGUCUCUCAAAGUCUGCCAUUUCCCAAGAGGAGAACUCAGAAGAAGAUACAACAGUUGCUAUUCUUCAUUCUUACCCCAGUGAAUCCAUAACAUUCAAGGAUGUGACCAUGAAUUUUUCCAGAGGAGGGUGGAGGAGGCUGGAUCCUGCUCAGAAGAAGCUAUGUAAGGAGGUGGCAUUGGAAAACUACAGGAACCUAGAAUUUCUGGGUAAAGGCAUUCCAGUUUCCCAUCUAGAUUUGCUUUCCCAGCUAAAUUGGAUUGACCUGCCAUGGCUGCUACAAAAAAUAAUCUCAAAAAGCUCCACACCAGAGACAGAGUCUUGCUCUGUCACUCAGGUUGGAGUACAAUGCAUGAUUGAAGCUCACUGCAACCUUGAACUCCUGGACUCAAUUGAUCCUCCUGCCUCAGCCUCCUGAGUGGCUAA